UCCAAAUACGUCACUUCCGACUUCCCCUCUACUUCCUGCAUGUGCCGACAAUAUGGCAGCGCCCAUAGCGAUUCACUUGGAAUUUGGUGGUGGAGCAGAGCUGCUUUUUAAUGGUGUAAAGGAACAUCAUGUGACUCUUCCAAGCCAAUCCGAACCUUGGGAUGUGAAACAGCUGCUGGUCUGGAUCCAACAGAACCUGCUGAAGGAACGGCCUGAGCUCUUUGUCCAGGGAGACUCUGUGAGACCUGGGAUUCUGGUGCUUAUCAAUGAUGCAGACUGGGAGCUUAUGGGGGAGCUGGACUACCAACUACAAGACCAAGACAACGUUGUGUUUAUUUCUACUCUUCAUGGAGGAUAGCGAAUGAAUGAGAAUUACAAACAUAUCCUUGACACCUCUGUAACAGCCUUUUCUUCACAUCAACCUAUCCCCCCCACACUUCCCAACAACACGCCACCCCAUUGGACGCUGUUGAUGUGUCAGCCUGCACCGACCGUGAUUGAUGUUGAUCCGCAGGAAUGAGUGGACAUUCAGACAUUGUUACCAAGAAAAACGUGGAAACGUGAAUUCUGUGGACGUUUGCGUAACAUUUUUUUUUAAAUCAGACUGGACAGGUGUGAAGGGAAGCUUCAUAUGAAGCUCUGGUUGUACUGGCCAGCUCACAGGUGCGAGUCUAUAUACCUUCAGUUGGUGUGUAAACCUUCAUCUCCCUGCAUCCUCUCUUCCAGCGUGACCAGACAAAAUGACAUCAUCUUAGGGUCUACUAUGACCUCCAGUCCAUGAGAGCAGUAUAUAAACAUUUAACAAUCUGUUCAUAACACACUGUAAUGUAUUGUACGCAGAUAUAAGGACAUUUUAAGUGUUUAUUAAUGUGGUUGUCAACAAAUAUAACUUCUCCUAUAAAGACA